AUGCAAUCUGAAGACAAUGAAUGGUAAAAAGUAGUAUAAUCAACAACCAAGAUAGAUUAAUAAAUAAAGAAUAUUAAAAUGAGAUUAUAAUCAGCAUUGACAUAGCUUAUCAUUUAAUCUGAAGAAAAUAAUAAAAUCAACAAUCCUGAUCCAAUCCUUCCAAAAACUAAUCCUCCAUUAGUUAUUCCAUAUAACAGUAGAUCUAUUGAAAAGAGAGACAAACCAGCAUUAAGACAGUGUGCAUCUAAAUCUCCUAUUCGAACUCCUGAAACUACUGAUUGUCCAUCUCCAAUUUCAUCAAUUGGACAUAAUUCCACUUUAAGAAUGCAACUGAAGGCAGCUGAAGUAUUAAGUCCAAAAUACCAGAAUAUAUCAGAUAGAUUUCAUAUAGGCAAAUUUUUAGGAAAAGGCAAAUUUAGCGAUGUGUUUUAAGCAUAGUAAAAUAAUAUUUAAAGUUAGAGAGAAAACAUCAAAAGUGCUGGUAGCUUUGAAAGUAAUUCAAAAAAGUGUUAUCAGCAAAUAUAAAAUGGAGGCUUAGCUGGCCCAUGAAAUUAAAAUUUAGAGUUAUCUCAACCAUCCAAACAUCCUAAAAUUAUUUGGUGUAUUCUAAGAACAAACUAAAGUAUUUAAUUUAAGUUUAAAAUAAGAUCAUUUUAAUUUUAGAAUAUGCACCAGAUGGUGAAUUAUAUAAGUUGUUAAAGAAGUAACCUAAUCGUAGAUUCAGUGAAAAUAAGGCUGGAAAUUAUAUUGCAUAAAUUGUUGAAGGAAUAUCCUACAUGCAUAAAAUGAAAGUUAUUCAUAGAGAUAUUAAACCAGAAAAUAUAUUAAUUAGUCUAGUAAUAUAAUUGUAUAUAUAUUUAGUAAUUUCUAAAAAUUGCAGAUUUUGGAUUAUCUACCUAUUCACCAGAAUCAAAACCAAGGUAAUCUUUUUGUGGCACAAUUGAUUAUAUGUCUCCAGAGAUAGCUUCUGGAUAAGAUUAUGAUCAUUCAGUUGAUUUAUGGUCAAUUGGUAUCCUAGCUUAUGAAUUGACAACAGGAAUAACUCCUUUUUAUUAAUCAUCUAAAGAAGAUACAAUGAGAAAGAUCAUUGAAGGUAGAGUUGAUUUUCCUAAAUAUGUUUCUAAUGAAUUAUAAGAUUUUUCAAAAUGCUGUUUAAGAAAGGAUCCAUCUUAAAGAUUGAGAUUGGAAUAGAUGGCUAUACAUAAAUGGAUUUAAAUGAAUCAUCAAUCUGGAGGAUAAUAUGACAGAAUGCUUGUUUAAUAAUUGGUUACAAUUUUGAAAUGA